UGAACUACAACUGUCUCUUUAUUGAGCUCUCACCAUAAAUCUUAGCCAGUGUUUUACUUCCGAAGCCGGGGUUAUCCACGUGAGAGCCGAGAAGCGUCACGUGACCUCUCGUCCAGCCGGUCGAAACUCGAGCAGUUUCCGGAAGAAGCCGCCGGCGGCCUCUCUAGGCCUCCCGGCGGACUCUAGUCUCUCCUGCUAUGCCUGUGCGCCUGCGCCGUGGUCCCCCUCAGCCUCCGCAGAGAAAGACUCUGCACAGGCGCGGGCUUGUGUUGGGGCAGUCCCUCGAGCCCCGCCCCCUGCUCUGACCCAGCGCUGACUGCAGGUUUGCAAAGGAGCCUCUUGAGACACAGAUGGUGUCUGAGUUAAAAUGGAGCAGUCGGCUGUCCACCUGUGGGUGAGAACAGAACCGUUUAUAGUGGGCACUUUGCCCCUCCCUCCUCCAGCCAAGUUCAGCCUUCACUAUCUCAGAAAGAUCUCCACAUAUGUUCGAACUCGAGCCAGGGAGGGAGGCUACCCGCGCCUCUUCUGGCCCACGUGGAAGCACAUCGCCUGUGGCAAGCUGCAGUUGGCCAAGGACAUAGCCUGGCUUUACUUUGAAAUCUUCGAUAGUCUGGUGGCGAGGACCCCCGAGGAGCGGCUGGAGUGGGCUGAGCUGAUAUCGAGCUGCGCGUGUGAGGAAGAUGUGGAGAAGCAGAGGAGCAAGCUUUCAGUGGACACUCUUCAGUUCCUGCUAUUUUUGUAUAUACAACAGUUAAAUAAGGUUUCCUUAAGAACGUCUUUGAUUGGGGAAGAGUGGCCAAGUCCCAGAAACAGAUCUCCAUCCCCGGACUUGACUGGAAAAUCCAUCUGUCAUAAUAAGACCUGGAAUGAUUGCAGCCACCAAGCCUUUGUCUAUAACCAUCUGUCCGAUCUCCUGGAGCUCCUUUUGGACCCAGAGCAGCUCUCCGAUUCCUCCCACUGCACCCACAACAGCCAGGUCUGUCCCGAGGCUGUGCAGGCCCUCAGCUUUCUCAUUGAGGGCACCGUCAGCAAAGCCAGGAAGGUCUAUCCGAUCCACGAGCUCGCUCUAUGGCAGCCUCUGCAUUCAGAGAGCGGCUUCUCGAAGAUUUCCAAAACCUUCUCCUUCUCGAAGCUGGAAGCCUGGCUCAGGUGCUGUUUGACUGCCAACCCGUUUGGUACAUCGGCUUGCCUCAAGACUGGGAAGAAGCUGGCUUGGGCUCAGCAAGUUGAAGGAACCACCAAGAGAGCCAAGAUUGCUUGUAACACACACGUGGCCCCCAAGAUCCACCGCAUCGUGGUGAUGACCCAGGUGUACAAGCAGACCCUGGCCAAGAGCUCAGAGACCUUGGUCGGAGCCCAUGUGAAGAUUCACCGUUGCAAUGAGUCUUUCAUAUACCUGCUGUCGCCUUUACGGUCGGUGACCGUGGAGAAAUGCAGGAACAGCACGCUGGUGCUAGGGCCCGUGCAGACCGCGCUGCACCUGCACGGCUGCGACAACGUGAAGGUCAUCGCGGUUUGCCAUCGCUUGUCCGUCUCCUCCACCUCGGGCUGCACCUUCCACGUUCUGACGCCCACGCGCCCCCUCCUCCUCGCCGGCAACCAGAUGGUGACGUUCGCGCCUUUCCACACCCACUACCCCAUGCUGGAAGACCACAUGGCCAAGACCGGGCUCGCCACGGUGCCCAACUACUGGGACAAGCCGAUGGUCGUGUGCAGGGAGAAUAACGACGCCAGGAUCUUCCGGCUGCUACCUCCCUGUGAGUUCUAUGUGUUCGUGAUUCCAUUUGAGAUGGAAGGGGACACGACCGAGAUUCCAGGGGGGCUUCCACCAGCCUAUCAGAAGGCCCUGGGCCAGCGCGAGCAGAAGAUACAGAUCUGGCAGAAGACGGUGAAAGAGGCGGGUUUGACAAAGGAUCAGAGGAAGCAAUUCCAGGUGCUGGUUGAGAACAAGUUUUACGAAUGGCUGAUUAACACAGGGCAGAGCCAGCAGCUGGACAGCCUCGUGCCUCCUGCAGCCGGGUCGAAACAGGCCGCAGGAUAAGACGUGCUGCAAGCCAUGGUAUCAAGAGGGGAGUAUCUGAUGGGAUCAGACAAGGGAGCUAGAGAGAAUGGACAAGCCCAGCAAGAAAAGGAAUUACACGUGAACCCAAUCUUUUUCCCCACACACCUCAAAACAGAUUGAAAUUCAUUGUGAAUUUUUUCACAAUGUUAAUGAUUCGGGGUGUUCCUGUGCUUUCUGAGAAAAUAUGAAGCAGAAUGACUGAUAUUAAAAUGUUGAUGUUCUGUUACCAGCAGGGUACAGGACACAUGCCACAUUAAAAAAAUUCUUGCAUCUCAAAGGUAAGAAGGGAACUAUCAGGGCAGCUGUUAGCACUGGGCUCCAUUGAGGUUAAUUGUCCUGUUUGAAACUUUUGCUUGAUUUAAGUCUCUUACUCUCUUUUUACAACAUAAGUGGAAUUGGAAACAAAUUGGCCAUAUAAAUAAAGGAUAUCACAAACCAAAGAA